AUGUUCAGAUUGGCCCUCCGUUCCGCCGCCCGUCCCGUGUUCAGAGCUCCCGUGGCCCUCAGAACCUACGUGGCUCCCCCUAUCAGCAUUGACGAAGUGACCAAGAGAGCUUUCGAAGCCCUCAAGACCGUCGCCGCCGUCGACGAAUCGAAGUUGUCGCUCGAAGCCAACUUCCAAAAGGACUUGGGCCUCGACUCGUUGGACACCGUCGAAGCCUUGGUUGCUCUUGAAGAAGAAUUCGAAUUGGAAAUCCCCGACAAGAUCUCCGACGAAAUCAAGACCGUCGGCGAAGCCAUCGACUACAUCUACGCCGAAGAACAAAAGUUCUAA